CAAGCGCUUUCUAACCUAUUCUUAGGAAAGCGCAGAAUCAUUGCCAAAGACCGACAACUAUACUUGAUCGGACGGAAUGGGCAUGUAACCAGAUUACGAAUCGUUCUGCCCGGAACAAAUUGGUAAUUUGCUCUGUCGGCAUCUGCUGGCUCUGGAGAAUUUCAGUUUUCUCUGUCAUCAAAGCCGCAUCAUGUCAGAUAGUCGCAUCACAUCCCCCGACUCUGAAAACUGGGGAUUGCGCGAAGCUUUCAUUAUAAUAGGAAGCACAAUGGGUCUCAUGAUAUUUCUCUUGAUACUGCGAUUUUCUUUCAACAUCUGUCUCGACAUUUGCGUUCUCGACGAGUUGGAGCGUGCGAAAAAAGCAAUAGUGGAUCUCAUUACGAAAUUGUUCCCAUGGCAGCGGCCUCGAACACAGCCACCAUCAGCACAAUCCCAUGACGACAUUGAACUUCAGGAAUGCGCUUCCGACCAAGAGCGUCUCGAGGCACUUAAUCAAAUACUUAUAAGCAAAACUUUGUCGCUCAACGACAUCGAGAGACUUCGAGAACGGCAUCAGCAUUCCGAUUGUGGUAUAGCUGAAGAAGACAUGUCAAGAAAUGAUGAAGCCAUUCUUUGCUCAAUUUGUUUGCAUGGUAUGGCAGAAGGCGAUAGUGUUUUUGAAGCGAAGUGCAAGCAUAUUUUUCAUCAUGGUUGCAUAGCGAGCUGGAUAAGCUCUAGAGGAUCAGGUUGCCCCUAUUGCCGAGCCCAACUUAUCAACGAAACAAACCUACACCAACUUUUCGGAAGCAGUAGGAAUAGAUGAAUGGAGA